AAAAAAAUGUAUAAUUUAACUCCAAGAUGGAAGAAAACUUAUGAAAGUACUCCACCUCUUAUAAAUGCAAACACUUAUUUAUUAUGCGGGGGAAAAGUUUGCGAAAGACCAAGAGAAAAUUGUUACCCUUUUUUAACCAGCAGCAAAUUAAAAAGAAGCGUUGUGAAUACAAGUUUUUGCGAUAAAUUUUACAUCGUACCUGAUAACAAAAAGAUUAAGGGUGGCUCUUCUUUAAAAAGCAAAGCAGUACGAUUCCAACCACACAAAUGGGACGAUACUCCAGGGCCAACUUCCUACAGCCCCGAGGCAAGCACCAAAUGUAGGCAAUUGGAGGAAUUGCCACCGGGAAAAGGUCGUUUGUAUUUGUGCCAUGUUGACUUGACUUGCGGAGUCAGCGCCCCCUCGAUCCCAUCGAAAAUCGACGAAAAUGGAUAUGACAUAGAUUGUUAUGGAUUUUUGGAUAAAGUUCCACCCAAUCCUGUCAAGGAGUUUGUUGGACCGGCUGAUUACGACAUAACACAAUGUCCUUGUUGCAACUGCGAAAAGUAUCACGGCUGCAAUUGGUCGAACAGCAAGACGAAACGUUUCAAAGAUAAUGUAGAGGACUUGCCGGGACCGGGGACAUACAAUUUACAGUUACCCAGAGAUCCGCUGAAAGAGCAAAUGGAGGAAUACCGAGAGAUGGCGCGGCUGUUCAGUUCUUCGAUGCGCUAUUUGGAUAUGCAGGAAAUGCAAUUAAUUAAGGAUAACUACCCCAGUCCUGCCAGCUAUUACCCUAAGACGUACAAAUGCAAAACCUAUCCUGGAAUACAUCAAAGACCAUUUAUAACGGCGGGUAAACGAUUCAAGAGUAAUUUGGAAAUCACACCUGCUCCCACAGACUACGAUGUAAAGUUCCCCGAAAAAAGAAAAAGGAUAUUGUGCUGUCCCCUCCCGUAUUCUGAGAGGUUUACUGGAAAUAAGAUUGAUGAUAUACCAGGCCCUGGCGCGUACAACUUGAAAUCGCCUUUGCAACAAAAACUGGAUUCAAAACUAAACAAAUACGCCGCUUUUAGGGCACCCUUUAAUCAUACAUCUAAAAGAAGCAGUUUGGUAAGAGAUGAAGGCGGUCCUGGACCGACAGCAUACGAUGUAAAAUUCGGUGAUUAUUGCAAGGCUACCAUUGGAAGCAGCGCUUUAAAAUCAAGAGUGCAAAGGUUCCCAAAAAAAUGUGUAAAUAAUACCGAGCCUUCAGAUCCUGUAGAAAGCUCAUUAGCAAAAAAAGUUAAACGAGCUAUUCGUAAAGAAAUUCAGCCAGCCAUCAACCGUAGGGAAAAAACAAGUAGAAGUCUUAACUGA